GAACAUCGAGCAUCGACCUGCAUCUUCUUCCAGAGUUUCGAAACCUAACCCGGUGGUCCUUAACCGAACCAUCGGCAUCGACAUCCAACCUCACCCAUCAAACGAUCCACAUCUCACCACAAUGUCUGCUGCUGCGCUGGUAGCUCCAGCUUUGAAGAAGCAUACGGCGACCGUGAUCGUCGCACACGGCCUAGGCGACAGCGGAGCCGGAUGGUACUUCCUCGCAGAAGAGUUCCGUCGCAAGCAACUAUUCCCUGAGACGAAAUUCAUCUUCCCGAACGCGCCGCAAAUCCCCAUCACCGUCAAUGGCGGCAUGCGAAUGCCCGGCUGGUACGACAUCACAUCCUUCUCCGACCUGGCGAGCCGCACCGAGGACGAAGCGGGUAUCCUGCGAUCGCAGAAGUACUUCCACCAGCUCAUUGACGAGGAGAUCAAGAGUGGGAUUCCGAGCGAGAGGAUCGUGUUGGGUGGGUUCAGUCAGGGCGGGGCUUUGGGACUAUUGGCGGGCGUUACGGCGCCGCAGAAGCUGGGUGGCAUUUUUGGACUCUCGUGCUAUCUGGUACUGCAGUCGAGGUUGAAGGAGUUGAUACCGAAAGACUCGCCGAACUUGAAGACCCCGAUCUUCAUGGGCCAUGGCACAGCAGACCCAGUCGUUCAGUACCAAUGGGGCAAGGCAUCUAGCGAAGCUCUCAAGGAGCACGGCUACGAAGUUGACUUCCGGUCAUACGCCAACCUACCACACAGCGCGGCACCACAGGAGCUUGAAGAUUUGGCGGCAUGGCUCAAGACACGAAUCCCCGAGGUGGGCGACAAGAAAGAUGGUACUCUCUGACUCGACUGGGCCAGAGAUGGAUUGCAACGUGAGCCCUAUGACGCUGGUGAAAUUAAACUCGUCCUGGGCCUGAUCGGGGUUUGGAUGUUGUGGAUACUUCUCUACGCUGCCUGGCGAAGGCUGAGAGCACCUGCACAGACGGG